AUGACCAGAGACGGAAAGUGCGGGAGCAUUCCCCAAGCAACACCGGGGAGUCGCGAGACCGCGCAGAGUUCGAAGAGGGCUUGCGCGACGGCCAUCCCGACCAAGGUAGUAGAGGGCAAGCUGUGGUUGUGGCUGGACCCCAGCCCGGAGGGCGUCAAGGAGAGCGAGACCGUUCCGCCCGCGACCGUGCCCGGCCUCGACUUCGGUUCGGGAGACUUCGGCGGCAACUGGUACUGCCGAAAGUUGGCCUACGGGUUCGACACACUCAUCGAGAAUCUCGCCGACCCUGCACACGUUCCUUUCGCCCACCACGGUGUGAUGGGAAGCCGUGCCAUGGGCACCCCGAUGGCGAUUGAGAUGGACAAGGAAGCGGGAUCAGGCGAGGACGAGUUUGUCACGAAGGGGACGGGGUACGCCGGGAGCAACGUGAUGCGCGUGGGUUUCAAGGCGCCGGGUCUCAUCUACUACGAGAGCGACUACACCGAGACGCUGGGCACGACUGUGAAGAGACUGGCCCCGCCCUUCCGGGCGAUUUACUGGUUGAUGACCAAGCUGAAGAUCGACAAGAGAAUUUCCAUGAAGGACGAAGACCGAAAGGAAAAAAGCGAUCGCCUGCUCUCCUACUUCGUGGGCUACGCUGUGCCCACCUCUCCCGGAAAGUGCAUGAUUUUCACAAGGUGGGGGGCGAUCGGUCCAACUGACAGGGACAAGACCGCGCGAAACUUUUUCCUCCAGCAUCCGAUAAUACCCCGCCGCUUCCGCAACAGCAUCGCCAAGGAACACCUCGGGCAGCACCUAGUACUCGACGGGGAUAGCCCGCCGCUUCACAUACAGGAACGCCUCCUGGCCGACGCUGGCGAGCGGGGUGUAGAGCGGCCGGAGAAGACGUACUACAUGCCCACCGCCAGUGACGUCCCCGUCAGGUUCUUCCGGAAGUGGUACCACUCCAGAGGGGGCGCCGGACCUCCGUGGGCGAAGGCGGUGGAUCCAACCCACCUUGGUCCGAUACUUCCCCGCGAGGAGGUUCUCGACAGGAUGGACGCGCACACAAAGGACUGCUCCGCCUGCAGCAAGGCAUUCCGAGUGUCGGGGGCCGUCAAGCGCCUAUCCGCCGGCAGCACCCUGGUGCUCCUAGGGGCGGCCGCGGCGGUUCCUCGGGGAUUGCUCCCUGUCGGGUUUGUCGGCGGAGCCUUGGCGAGCGCGGGUCUCGCGGUGGCCAUGUCGAAGCGCCAGCAGCAAUUUGUGUUUCUGGACUACGUCCAUGCCGAACGCGAUUGAAGAGAAGACCAUAAUUAAAGUAUGAGAGAGACCACAAUUGAAUAUUGCACAGAGGAAAACCACCCAAGGUCGUCAUUGCCGCGCUGCGGCUUUCCUUCGGUUGGGCGAAAUUCAAGCACCCCUUCGGUGCGCGACAACAGCGAUCAAGAAGGUCUUCAUGUACCGCGUUGACCAGAAAAAAUGUCUGGAGUUCUGUCCGCGUGACCUCUGUCGGAGCCAACCAGACGAUGAUAAAUAGAAAUUGCUGGCGACGGCAACACGUACGAUAAGGAAACUCAAACGUUGACAACCAGCGUUUCUUCUGUCUCUGAAUGAGGGGAUCGUGUUCAAUGCAAGCAUUGUUCUGUUCGCGUAGCCAGCACUGUGCAUGGUGUGUGUGUGGCGUAUCCUCUUUCAACAACACAACAGUGGUAGAAGCCCCCCGUUCAUGUUGCCAUGUGCCUAUGAAGAUCUGGGUGUGUGGAUGGCAGGGCAACAUCAUGAAUGAAAACACAAGUACCAAUGUGUAAGUGCAACGGAGGAGAGCACAAACAUCGGGUUAUCUCUUCGGGUUACAAUGAACUCUCGACCGUGACAUUUUGAGUGCUAUCUUUUUGUAGAGUAUCUCGUAAGAAGUAAAAGUCUCGACCCCUGUUGACGUCACUCGCGUGUUCGGCCAAUCACACGAGGAUGGCAACGGAGGUGACGAGUGGGACAACUGCGUGCAGUUGGGUAGAACGGGAUUGUUGGUAUGGGCGAUUGAGACUGGUCUGCGUUGGUGUCGAUGUUUCGUGGUGCGUGUAAUUCAGGGCGUAAACUAAGCGACACUACAGGUGGCCGCGCGUGGACAAUCGAUACCGUUUGUUUCCCGCCAGGAAUAGCUCAGGAGCACAGGAAGGAUUGGCACGCUGGUAUUUGAAGAAGUGAGAGGAGCGGUAUUUGGUCCUCAUUGGCUUGUCUGGCCGCAAUGGAAUGCGAUUGUGGAAUCGCGACAGAUACCUAGCGGGCAGUAGCGUUGUUGGUGUACGGGAGGGGAGUGGAUGGAACCAUCGUUCGUUGUUGUCUUUUGUAUUUUUGCUCUGUAGUGCUCUUCAGUACUCCUUUUUCGAAAAUAUCGGGAAGAGACCACCGGUUCGAGAUACUACCCCGUUCGAAGGUUCGUGGUGGAAUCGGUCUAGACUACAACAGCGAGGGUUGAGGGACACCUGCUGGAAACUGGACUUCGUUUAUCGCCGAGGGAAUCUCACGAAGACCUCGUCCCCUCGGACGAAAAUCCCCAAGGGUAAAUUAGCGAUGAGAACAUGUUGACAACGCACCACCACUUGAGAACCUCUUCUUAUGACCGAUAGUCUACUGUACUCGUUUUAUACUUUGUCUACGGGUCGCGUGUUGGCGCCGUUGUGAUGCCUUCAGAAGAUACGCAUCACAUGAAGAGAAGGACUACCUAUCCGACACUGGAGGCUGAGAGGUGUGCUG